CCCGUCUCCCGGUUUGAUGAUGAGUUAUGCUGAAAAGCCUGAAGACCUCACAAAAGACGAGUGGAUGGACAAAUUGAACAACGUGCACAUUCAGAGAGCGGACAUGAACCGGCUCAUUAUGAACUACCUAGUGACGGAGGGAUUCAAAGAGGCGGCCGAGAAGUUCCGGAUGGAGUCUGGUAUUGAGCCCAGUGUAGACUUGGACUCUCUGGAUGAAAGGAUAAAGAUCCGAGAGAUGAUCCUGAAGGGACAGAUCCAGAAAGCCAUUGCACUCAUCAACAGCCUUCACCCAGAGCUGCUGGACACCAACAGAUACUUGUACUUUCACCUGCAGCAGCAGCAUUUGAUCGAGCUCAUCCGGCUAAGGGAGACGGAGUCGGCGCUGGAGUUUGCCCAGACGCAGUUGGCUGAACAGGGGGAAGAGAGCCGCGAGUGUCUCACGGAGAUGGAGAGAACUCUCGCCCUGUUGGCCUUUGACAACCCAGAAGAGUCUCCCUUCGGGGACCUGCUCAACAUGAUGCAGCGGCAAAAGGUGUGGAGUGAGGUGAACCAAGCUGUACUGGACCACGAAAACAGGGAAUCCACUCCUAAAUUGGCCAAACUCCUCAAGUUACUGCUGUGGGCGCAGAACGAGUUGGACCAGAAGAAAGUGAAAUACCCGAAAAUGACUGACUUGAGUACGGGAACCAUCGAGGACCCCAAGUGAACCCAUCCGCAAAACCUUGCUGUCUUUUACGGGCCCCUUAAUUUAUGAUCAACCGCGUGGCUGUUGCAACUGGAUAGUGUGCUAAACUAGAUUUUUGGUAAGGUUUAUUGGUUGAACUUGGUCAUUUUGACUCUGUUGCAGUCAAGCCAUACAAGUUACCAUGGAGAUAUGCAGUGGUGCCUUGAAAUAAGAGUAACCCAGCAGAAUAUUUUAUUUAUUUAUUUUUUUGACUUGUAAGUAAAAUUUUCAAAGGGGGAAGAUGAGUUGUCUUGAGGGUAGACACAUGAAUUAGUCUUAUCUCAAGGCACCAGUUGUUACUGUUUUCCGUGACAUCUGAUUUAAAACGUAAUUUCUGCAUUAUAGAGUUUAUUAUGUGUGUGGCUCACUAUUGCUGCAUUAAUCGUUCCUAAAAAAGAAUGGAAUCAAUUAAAAAAACAUGAAUCUGGCCUUGAUCUAGUUUCCACGGUAACAUGUUGCUUGUUGUGUAAAAAGUCAUGGCUACGUUCAACCAGAAUAGCCAAAAAUGGCUUACCCUGCUAUUUAGAUUUGUGCAACAGCGCAUAUAAUGUAUGUGUAACAAAACAAAACAAAACAAAAAAACUAUAAUGCUCAAUUUGGUUUUAAUGUGACAUCAAUAAGAGAUUAUACUGUAAAUUGCUGUAUUAUUUAAAAAGUAACAUUUAAAUACAGACGCUGGGUUUUUAGACUAAUGUUGAUGUCAACAAAUACAAGUUGCUAUUUUAUACAUUUCUCAAAGGCCUUGAGUCUGUGGUAUUUAGUGUGUCAGUUGUCUGCAUCGCUGGAAAGGGAUUCGAUUGGCACGAAACUGGAAUGAGCAGCCUGAAAGAACAGGUGAAAAGUGUGAAUGUUUAAACCAGGGACAAACCCUGAACGAAACAGACCAGCAAAGAUAUUUUAGACUGAGCCUGUGUGCGUCGAAUCAAAAUGUAUUUAUAAAUAUAGAAAGUCUAACUGAAUAUUUGUGACUCAUUGUUUUAACUGUGUUUCCGUUUAAUGUAAUUUAUGGAGAGUUUUGGUCAUCUGUAUCAAUCAACUGUAACAUUUCCAGUCUAUCAAUUGUGCUCCGCCAACCCACUUUUUUUUAUUUUUUUUUAUUAACUGCAUGCACCUGUCUUUUAUUCAACACAGGCACUCGUGCUUUGUUUCUUUUGGUUUGGUUUGUUUACUUCUAAGGAAGCCAGAUUUGCUGCUAGUAGUCCAUCCUUGAAUUUUUUGACUACGUUUUGUCUUUUUGCAGAGACUUGCUCUGACAUUUGCGAGACAUCAGAUGCUCGCGUCACUUUUAUUAAUCGACAUUUCUAAAAGCAGAUUUGCAAAUAAACAUAACUUUUGCAAAGUA